UGUAGAUCCGCCAUAUUGUCUGCUGAAGCUGCCGCCGAAGCUGCCGCCGCUGCCGCCGCUGCCGCCGCCAAGUAAGAGCGAGCGGAGCCGCGAUGGAGACCAUGGCGAGCCCAGGGAAAGACAAUUAUCGAAUGAAGAGCUAUAAGAACAAUGCCCUAAACCCUGAGGAAAUGAGGCGAAGAAGAGAGGAGGAGGGCAUUCAGCUCCGGAAGCAGAAACGGGAGCAACAACUUUUUAAACGGAGAAACGUGGAGCUGAUUAAUGAAGAAGCCGCCAUGUUCGAUAGUCUCCUCAUGGACUCCUAUGUGAGCUCUACCACUGGGGAGAGCGUGAUCACAAGAGAGAUGGUGGAGAUGCUCUUUUCUGACGAUUCUGACCUGCAAUUAGCAACCACACAGAAAUUCCGGAAACUGCUCUCCAAAGAACCUAGUCCUCCAAUAGAUGAAGUUAUCAAUACUCCAGGAGUGGUGGAUCGGUUUGUGGAGUUUCUGAAGAGGAAUGAGAAUUGUACAUUACAGUUUGAAGCUGCCUGGGCUCUAACGAACAUUGCCUCUGGAACCUCUCAGCAGACCAAAAUUGUCAUUGAAGCAGGGGCUGUCCCCAUUUUUAUAGAGCUGCUUAACUCGGACUUUGAGGAUGUACAGGAGCAGGCAGUCUGGGCACUGGGAAACAUAGCUGGAGACAGCUCCGUCUGCCGAGAUUACGUCUUGAACUGUUCCAUCCUUAAUCCUUUGCUAACGCUACUUACCAAGUCCACACGACUGACAAUGACACGGAAUGCAGUCUGGGCCCUGUCAAACCUGUGCCGAGGCAAGAACCCACCCCCAGAGUUUGCAAAGGUCUCCCCCUGUUUGCCUGUGCUGUCUCGCCUACUCUUCAGCAGCGACUCAGACUUGCUGGCAGAUGCUUGCUGGGCCCUUUCUUAUCUGUCUGAUGGCCCCAACGAGAAGAUCCAGGCAGUCAUAGACUCUGGAGUCUGCCGGAGAUUGGUCGAGCUUCUAAUGCACAACGAUAACAAAGUGGCUUCUCCUGCUCUGAGAGCUGUGGGUAACAUCGUCACCGGGGAUGACAUCCAGACCCAGGUCAUUCUUAAUUGUUCAGCCCUCCCUUGCCUCCUCCACUUGCUGAGCAGCUCCAAGGAGUCAAUCCGAAAGGAAGCUUGUUGGACCAUUUCAAAUAUCACUGCUGGCAACAGGGCUCAGAUACAGGCUGUCAUAGAUGCAAAUAUCUUCCCUGUGUUGAUUGAAAUCCUUCAGAAAGCAGAGUUCCGUACAAGGAAAGAGGCAGCCUGGGCCAUCACCAAUGCCACAUCAGGAGGAACCCCUGAACAAAUCAGGUACCUGGUCUCCCUGGGCUGCAUCAAACCCCUGUGCGACUUGCUGACUGUGAUGGAUUCAAAGAUUGUGCAAGUUGCCCUCAAUGGACUGGAGAACAUCCUUCGGCUCGGAGAGCAAGAGGGCAAGCGCAGUGGCUCAGGGGUCAAUCCCUACUGUGGCCUCAUCGAGGAAGCCUAUGGCUUGGAUAAAAUUGAGUUUCUCCAGAGCCAUGAGAACCAGGAGAUCUACCAGAAGGCCUUUGACCUCAUUGAGCACUACUUUGGCGUAGAAGAUGAUGAUAGCAGCCUGGCUCCCCAAGUGGAUGAAACGCAACAGCAGUUUAUCUUCCAGCAGCCUGAGGCCCCCAUGGAGGGCUUCCAGCUAUAAUGUCUGCCUCCGGGGAGGGGAGGGGAUGGGAAGCACCACCAACCAGCGGAAAGGCAGCCCUCUGGUGGGCGGGAAACCAGCCCUCCCCACCAUCAGCCACCACACACCUCUGCUGCCCUGGAAACUGUGCUCUUGACCCGCUCCGCCCCCUUCCCUGGAGGGAGCACCCUCUGGACAGACAGAACCAUCUGAGGCUCACAUUUGGGUUUUGUGACAAGAAGGGGACGUGUUGGGUUUUUCUUCCUUACACUAGAUUUUGGCUGCACAUAUGUCUUUAACCCAGGAGCCCGGGGGUAGACAAAGGAGGACUGAGGUAAUCAAUUUUGCACCUUUUUUAUUUUUAUUUUUUUUUUCUUUAGUGGUGACUUCCUUCCGUUUUAUCUUCCUUCAUCCUUCCCAGUCCUCUGCCCUGAUCUCUGUAACUCUUAUCUUGGGUACUUGAGCAGAUGGAAUAUUCCACAGGUCGGGGGUGGGAGGGGAGGGGAGAAAUCCAAAACAAAGUGUUCUUGCUCGGACAGAAUAUUAAUCUAGUAUGCUUGGAUUGCGUUAUUUAAUUUUUUUUUCUUUUGCACAUUUUUCUUGUAUUACAAUUGCUCUUUCCCAGAGCCAUGAGUUCCUGGUUUUAGGAAUCCCAGCUGCCAGCAUUGUCUGGGACUAGAGGCUGAGGGGGAGGUCACCAUGAGACAAAGGCCCCUCCCUCCCUUAACCCCUUGCCCAGACCUCUUUAGUUUGGGAGAUCCCCUUCACUCUCCUGGGGCAUGUACACCAGUGGGAGUGAGGGGAGAGGAACACAGGCCUUCAGACGGGGCUUCCCAUGUGUCGCUACUGAUCCCAUGUUUCCUACCCACCUUCCAGUGGUGCGACCCAACUUCAUUUGUUUACUUGAAAAUUCCCCUCAGAGUUGAGAUGAACCUCUGAGGUAGCUGUAUUUUCUCCUAAGCACGUGACAGAGGGCUGUGGUCCUUCCUUUCUCCUGAGGAGAAAGUCCUUGCUCUGGUGACCCAUAAAUUGCAGAGGAGGUUGGAGUGAGAGUGUCAUGUAUUGGGAUAGCCAGUGGAUCCCUGCCUUUGGCCUUUCUUCUUCUUCCUCUUCCGUAGUUGGAUCAUGUAUAUUUUACUUCCAAAGGAGAGAAUGUCAAAAAGUUCUGUAUUUUUUUAUAUUCUAUAUAUUACGUAGGUCAACCUUAAUUGGUCUCAAGAGGAGGAACUGUCUCUGUAAUUUCUGUAAGUGGGAUACUGUGAGGAAGACCAAAAAGAGAUGUGGAAGCUCUCUUGCUCAGGAAGCCUGACCUUGAUCCUUCUCCUCUCUGCUUGGGUUCCGGGCCACCACCAGGGACCAACCCUUAGCUCUGGAACCUUUAUAUAGCAGAGCAGCCUGGUCUGAUUGUCCUAGUACCUGAAUGGAGGGAGCAAGGAUGGCCCCAGGGCCCGGUGAGGUCUACCACUCUAGUCCUUACCACUGAGCAUCCUGCUUACAUCAGGAAACCCAGAAAGCAGUCUGCCUCCUCAGAUUCAGUCUCAAACACCUUUGUCCACAUAAGUUAUCACAGAUGGCUGCCGUGUCUCCUAUCCGAGAUAUUUAGCAGCCUCAGGACAUUUUUUGAGAGUGAUUGAUGUCUUCCCUGAUUGGGAUCCUUGUACAUGGUUUGGAUUUUACCCUUCCUGUGACAGAUAUAAUCCUAAUGCCUUUUCUUUCCCCUUUGAGUAGAGCUACUGCAGUGCCUCAAUGGCUUGCCUGUGUGCUUCAAUGGACUACAUGUGAUAGUAAAGCCCAGGUGUUGGGGAUGGGGUGGAGGAAGUUGCUGGCUAAGUGUAGGCCAGUGGUGGAGCUGAAGGCACAAUCUGCCCUGUCCCUGCUUCCCCACAGAUGUCGGGCAGAGGUGCCCUGCUCCAAACUGUAUUUUCCCUUCCCCAGGAACAAUGCCAUUCUUGCUCCCAUUGCUACACAUCCCCCUCUGGCUCAGGUGAAAUCCAUGCCACUCUGCUUACAGAUACAACAUUCAGUUGUUUUUGGCCACUGGUCUUGAAUUUGCCCUCUCUUUCCAGUGUUGAGAUCUAACUCCAGAGGCAUUUUCUGAGAAAAGUGGUUGCAGCUGGUGGCUAUCACUGAAAAGUGACACCAGUGCUGUACUGCCUAAGUGAGUCAGAUGCUGCUCUGCAGGUUGGGCAUGAUAACUACCAACCCCACUCUCCCAGGUAGGCAAGGCGCAGGACCCUCUUCACUUGGCCUGCCGACUCCAUUACAAAACCAUUUUCCUACAGUU